AUGAGUGGUGCGUUCGCCGUCAGGGUCGCGCCGCUGGAGCUGAGGGCCCUGCUGCGGGAGGCGUUGGCGUUGGGGGCACUGAAGUUGGUGCCUCUGCUACUGGAGGGCGCUUCUACUGGAGUUAUUGGAGCCGUUGGUUCCAGCGGUGCUCGUACUGGAGGUACUGGAGCUGCUGGGGCUGGAGGUACCGCUGGACCUGGAGGUGCUGCUGUCUUCACUGAGGCUGGAUACCCUGGGGCUGGAGGUGCCCGUUCUGGGGGUGGUGCUGCUGCUGGCACUGGUUCUGGAGGUGCUGGCGCUGGAGGUUCUGGAGCUGCUGGAGGUUCUGGAGCUGGUGGAGGUGCUGGCGCUGGAGACGCUGGAGCGGGAGAUUCUGGAGCUGCUGGAGGUGCUGGUACUGGAGGUGCUGGCGCUGGAGGUUCUGGAGCUGCUGGAGGUGCUGGCGCUGGAGGCACGGGAGCUGGAGGUUCUGGAGCUGCUGGAGGUGCUGGAGGUGCUGGAGCUACUGGUGCUGGUGGCACUGCACAGCCGCGACCAUUCUUCGCUGCGCCAUCACCUUCGUCUCUGCCACCGCCUGACUCCGUGCUUCGCCUGACAGGAGGUCUUGCUGAGCGUCGUGAGCCUGCGUCUCGUCCUGUGUCGCCUGCUCGCACUGUUCCAACUGGUCAUACUGUUCGUCGUGUUCCUCAUGAGCGUCCGCCAGCUGUCUCCGGCACGCACCUCAUGGCCCUGCAUCCUUCCUCUACUCCGCAGCGUGUUCCCCUGUCGUCCCCUCCUGCGUCUUCUCUGCCUAACGUUCCAGACCCUGAGUCUGAUUGCGUUCGUGCUGCUCACCCUACUGUCACGCGUCUACUUGCCACUGUUGUCACUGACCCUUCGUUUGAGUCCACUGCUGCGUCUGCCUUAGUCGCUGAGCUUGUUGACUUUGCUGCUGCCUGUCGUCUAGACUUCGCUGCUAGUCUUGUUGCUGGGUCUGAGUCUGUAUGUCCUCCGUCCGUCGGGGGUGAGUGUGCUCUUGGCACGGACGUCCUUGAGGACAGGCAGGAGGACUUUGAGCGUCUUGCGGCUGCUGUACCUCAUCUCGUGGCCAUGCUGCUUGCCCCUGAGGGAGACCCGGAUGCACCAGACAUCCCGACCCCGCACUCUUACGCUGAGGCGAUCGCGGGUGAGUACUCCUCUCAGUGGCAGACAACCAUGGAUGCAGAGAUGGCAUCCUGGAAGGUGAAGCGGCCGCCGGGUUCUCCGCCUGUCUUCAAGGCUCGUUACUUUGCACGAGGCUUCAGUCAGCGACAGGGAGUUGACUUCUUCCAGACCUUCUCCCCCACCCUGAAGAUGGCCACUCUUUGGGUGCUGCUGCACGUCGCCGCUCAGCGUGACUAA